UUGCUCAAGUAAUUUACGCACAAUAGCACAUUGAAGUUAGGUUACCAUUUUUUAUUAGAUACACCCAGACCCACACCAGCCAAGUUCCAACCAGUGAAAGUGACCAUGUAGAGCUCACUGGUUACUGGUUCCAUUCCGUUCCAACAUUUUUAUGAGCCUGCAUUCGAAGUGUCAGUGGAAGAAUUUCAACGAGUCAGAAUAAAAGGAUUCAUAAAAGGAAGAGGAUUGUUUACUGUUUUCUUACCAGGAUUGUCCUGGAAAGUUCACGAUGAUUCUUCAAUCCUCGUUAGUAGUGUUUCAAUUUCUUGAGUUAGAUAGGUAGACUAGUUUUUUAUGAUCUAGUGCCACGAUGAAUAACACACAACUUCAGACAUUCAAGAUCGUUAUUAUAGGAGACAGCUUUACUGGCAAGACUAGUCUUGCUUGUCGAUUAUGUACUGGCAAGUUCUACGAAAAACUUGAAACAACGAUUGGUGUUGAUUUCUUUGAUAAAACUAUCGACGUUAAAGGCGAACAAGUCAAGCUUCAAGUGUGGGAUUCUGCUGGUCAGGAAAGAUUUCGAAAAAGUAUGACGAUUCAUUACUACCGGAAUGUUGAUGCCAUUGUAUUUGUUUAUGACAUCACAAGUGAACCAUCAUUUCAGAGUUUAACAUUGUGGGUUGAGGAAUAUAAACAUUAUACCAUUCCAGACAAAGUUGUCAAAAUUUUGAUUGGAAAUAAAAGUGAUUUAGUAACAUCAAAAAGAGUGCAAUCCAAAGUUGCUAAAGAAUUUGCAGAACAAUAUAGCAUGGCGUUUCAUGAGGUAUCAAGCAAAGAUGAUGAUGAUAAACAAAAUAUUGAGGCAAUAUUCACAUCUCUUGCUGAAAAAUUAUACGAAGAGAAACCUGUUGUUUUAAAGCCGAAAGAUUUAAGUCCGCAGACAAGUGCUGAAAGCAGAACAGGAAGUCUUCAAUCAAGAGAAUCUGAAAGGAAUGUGGACCUUAUGAAGGACAAAGAAAAAUCAGGAAAGGAAAAGAAGAAAUGUUGUGGUUCAGGUUCCUAGAGUAUAAUUUGGGACUUGUCUAGCUAAUUAAUAC